CACGUUUCCUUCACACACAGCAAAGCAAAGCUGAGACCUUCCCCUCACCUUCUUCCCAUUACUUCAAAUCCACGUGAAACCCACCUCUAAAUUUCAAUUCUCUCAGCUCCGACCACAAUUCAAUUUCCAAAAGCUACAUUCUUUCCUUACUAGCUAAUUACCAGAGCCCCGCAUUUGGUGACCGGAAUCCGAUACGCCAUGUCGUUUGAGGACGAGGAGGAGUCGUUCGAGCACACGCUGCUGGUGGUGCGCGAGGUCGCCGUCUACAAAAUCCCGCCGCGGUCGACGUCCGGCGGGUACAAGUGCGGCGAGUGGCUCCAGUCCGACAAGAUCUGGACGGGUCGCCUCCGGGUCGUGUCCUGCAAGGACCGCUGCGAGAUCCGGCUCGAGGAUCCCAACUCCAGCGAGCUCUUCGCCGCCUGCUUCGUCCCGCCGGGGCAGCGCGAGACCUCCGUCGAGACCGUCCUCGACUCCUCCCGCUACUUCGUCCUCAAGAUCGAGGACGGCGCCGGCAAGCACGCCUUCAUCGGCCUCGGGUUCGCCGAGCGCAACGAGGCCUUCGAUUUCAACGUCGCGCUCUCCGAUCACGACAAGUACGUCAAGCGAGAGACUGAUAAUGACGUCGGCGGCGGCGGCGGCGGCGGCGGCGACGACGACAGUCACAUUGAGGUUCACCCGGCGGUGAAUCACAGAUUGAAGGAAGGUGAGACGAUAAGGAUAAAUGUGAAGCCGAAGCCGACGAGUGGGACCGGGAUGCUGUCAGCAGCUGGGCUAUCCGGGUCGGCAAAGCCCAAAUCGCCGGCUUUAAGCCUGGCCCCGCCACCCGGGUCCGGGAAACUCAGGUCACCUCUGCCGCCCCCUCCAAAUGAUCCUGUUGCUGCUAGGAUCAGCUCUGGUGGUGUCAAACCUCCACAGGAUAAUGCAAGAAAGAGCUCCGACCCGUUAUCGGAUCUUUCCCAAAUUGAGAGGAAUCUGCCUCCAGCAAAUGGAUCAGGAUCAUCCACAAAGACAAAUGCAGUAGGAUGGGCAGCUUUCUGAUGGAGUGAGCAUUUGUUAAUUAUAAUCAAAGUCUUCAUUUUAUUGUUUUUUUUUUUCCUUUUUUUUUCUGUGAGGAAAAAGUGAGAAAGGAAAAUGUGAGAAGAGAAAGAAAGAACAAUGUACCAAAUACUUGAGAUAUGGAAAAUUGUUAUUCUGCAAUGUAUUUUCUUUUGUCUUGUUAUCAAUGUUCUUUUCUGCAGCCGGCACUGCAACUUGAAAUUUGAACUUUUAACUUGUAUAUAAUAGAGAGGUGUUUUAUCUGUUUA